AUUCGAUUAAAGUUCUCGCGCAUGGUCGAAGGAAGUUCCAGUUUUCUCGCGGAUUUCUCAGGGUCUAUCAGGUGGCACUAGAGCCACGCUAGGUAACAUCUUUUGGUGAAGCAUAUAACACACAAUAAGCACGACGAGAACUAGUGCAUUUAUAAUAUCGCGAAUUUUAUUUUUGUUUUUAGGUUAUUUAGAGAGAAAGUAAACGUGAAUAGGGUGUAAAUAUUUUUUUUAAUAAUAAACGAUAAUUAUUUAACUUCUGUUGUGAAUUUUCAAGUGCCGAAGGCCCUGGUGGCAGGCGCAGUUCCUUUCUCAUCAAAAAUGUCGUCAUCAGAACGCGAGUGGGAGUUUUUCAAAAAGAUGGAUUAAAAUAAUUUCUUGGAAUUGUGCCAGUUUUUUUCUUUGGGGGAAGAAGAACGCUAUACUAAGAUCAAAUGUAAGUGCGCGUGUGAUCGUGUGUGUGUGUGUUACUGCAACAACAACAGCACAGGCGUUUUUGGAGGAAGACUGUGGAAAUCCAAAAAAUGGCAAGGUGUCAACAUUUCAUUUCCAGCCUCAUAUUUUACUGUUGUCUCGUGCUGCAUUUUGGACAUGCCCAAACUGGGUACUAUGGAAAAAAGAUUGGGAAAUUCAGCAGUUACGCUCAUGGGAUUCGUGGUGAUGUCUAUGCAGUGGAUGAAACAACAAUAUUUAUAAAAGAUUUUUAUUACGAUGGAACUGGUCCUGAUACACAUUUUUUUGUUGGUAACGGAUCUAAAGUUGGACUUGGAGGAUAUUUAGUUCCCUAUCCAGAAGAAUAUCAAAGCAGAGAACCUCCGAUUUUAGAAAGAUUUGAAAACGCAAAAAUCCUUUUGAAGUUAAAAGACGGCUUGAGGAUAAAAGACAUCAAAUGGCUUGCUGUAUGGUGUCGCAGAUUUACAGUGAACUUUGGUGACGUCUUUCUUCCAUCGAAUCUUGAAAUACCAAAACCUCGAAUACUGCCAGAAUUUUCGAGAUUAGCACACGGCUUAAGAAGUGGAAACAUCAGUAUUCUGGACAGCAAAACCUUCUACAUUCCAAACCUACAUUAUGAUGGCGCCGGUCCGGAUGCAUAUUUCUGGGUUGGAAAUGGCUCAGAACCUAAUAUACAUGGUACUAAAGUACCCAAUGAAGUGGGCAGUCUCGAUCCACUGAGAGGAUAUCAAGGCGAGGAUAUUGAAGUGGUUUUGCCAAAAAAUCUAACUGUCUAUAACAUUGAAUGGCUGUCGGUUUGGUGUGUUCAAUAUAAGCACAAUUUCGGACACGUCUUGAUACCAAAAGACCUUGACGUCCCUCCAGCUCUUGGACAAACAAAGAUUACGCCACACUGGUGGUAUAAUCCUACGAGCAGUACACCGCCGCCAUUUGUUCCAACGUCAACCACCCACGAUUUUAGUAAUUGUAAGGAAAUGUUGGAUGGUCGUGUUCAAGUUCAAUGGGAAGUCGUUGGAGAUGAUGUGAAAAUUAGAGUAUCAGGAAAAAUUAAGGACGAUCAGUAUGUUGCUUUUGGCCUUUCCGGACAGGAAAAUGAAUCCAAAAUGAUUGGCGGAGAUGUUGUUGUUGUUGCCUACGAUUCAAGAACUCAAAAAUAUAUUGCCGUUGAUUAUUACAUGUCACAUUUAUCACAAUGUGAUGGAGAAAAAGGUGUUUGUCCUGACGAACGAGUAGGAGGCAAAAAUGAUGCCAUUUUGCUUGGAGGAACACGAAAAAAUGGAGUAACUUCAGUGACAUAUAUGCGACCAUUGAGAACAAAUGAGCCGGUGAAAGAUAAAAUGAUUCCAGAAUUUGAAACUAGUGUCAUUGCUGCCAUAGGACGAUUGAAUUCAAGAGGUGAAGCAAAUGCUCAUGAACCAACUGAUCAAACAUCCGAGGAUAUCAGAAUCGAUUUCACAUCCAGGAAUAUUCACGAGUGUAAAACUUCUCUGUACAAUUUGCCAGAUUCAACAACUUUGAAACCUUGGAAGAUUCCAGAAAUUAUUGAUACUGAUAAUUUCACAGCGAGAAUUGGACCCGCUGGCAAUAAAAGAGGAUAUUUUGCAAUUACAGGAAAAGGCGAGUCGAACAAUAUUAAUGGAAUACCACCCUGGGGAAUUGCUUGGUACAUAAACGAUCGUCUCAUACCUGAAAUUACUGUGGAACGAGGUCGCACAUACACUUUCAUUGUAGAAGGUGGAAACGAUCCAUCCAACCCUGCAAAAUAUCAUCCAUUUUACAUAACAACAAGUCCAGAAGGUGGGUACGAGCAAAAAAGUGAGGGACAACGGAAACAGCAAAGAGUUCUCGCGGGUCUUGCUCACAAUAAAGAAGGUGAAGCAAUUCCAACAGCCCAAGGACGUUAUUGCGAAUGGAUUCACAAAAGUGUAGAUAAAAGUUCAGAAAUUGAUAAUUUUGACGAAUUUUUCAAAACAUUGAAACUUGAUUGUCAACCUGGUCAACCGGCAAAAUUGGAAUGGACAGUUGCACAAGAUACGCCAAAUUUGGUUUAUUAUCAAUGUUUCACGCACAAUAAUUUGGGUUGGAAAAUUCACGUUGUAAAUCCAGGAGAACGAGCCCGAAGAGAAGAAGAACAAGAAGGUUUGACGAGUGCUGGUUCAACCAUUUCCACGAUUAUAAUACUUUUUCUCACUUCUUUAUACACUCAUUAUUUUCUAAGAUGAAUCCCUAUAAAAUUAUUUUAUUGGUCACGAUUCGCAUUCCAUUUCAGAAAAAAGAAUUGCGAACACAAAAAAACGCCAUCAUUUAUUUGUAAUUCAACGAUUGGCGUAUUGAAAAGAAGAGACGUUUAGAAUUAAGAUCAAGAGAACAUUCGUGUGAUAGACGUGCGUUGAGAGUUAAAAAAAAUUCACUUAAACAAGAAACACAUGAUACAAGGUUGUAUUGAAAGUACUUUAGCGCCUAAGAUCUGCCUGCGUAUCGUAUUUAAAAUGAAGAAGAAGAAGAAAAAACAAGAAUUGUAGGAAGAUAUUUUUAAGAGCUAUCAGAUUCAAUAUUUCAUAUUAUAUACAUAUACAUACAGUAAUACAUAUACAUAUAUAUUAUACAUAUAUAUGUAUAUAUUAUAUAUUAUUAUAUAUGAUAUACAAAGAAAAACGACGUACACAAAAUGCGCUCACUCGGGCUGGACAAUAAAAGAAAUUUAGAGAAUAAUAAUAUUCAAAAUGGAAUUUAAGACAAUACUUAAAAGAAAAAAUUUUGAUUCAAUGAAUUUCUGACAAUAAAAAUGGCAGCACAAUAAUAAUAUUAAGAGAGUACAAUAACCGUUGAAAGUAAUAAAAUAUUGCGGUUUUAUGUUCUCUCGUGCGAGAUCGAUUUUUGAUCCACACUCUUAAAAGAAUAGUGAAUAUUAACGUUUUAUUAUUUUAUUUUUUAAUAUAGAAAAAUAUAUAGCGAAAAAUGCAAAAAAAAAACAAUAAUUACUGAAAUUUGAAAAUCAAAAAGUAUUUUACAUAUUGAAAGAAUCAAACAAGAAAAAGUUACUAAUAAGAAAAAUCUUAUAUUAAAUUUAAAUAAUUAUGAAAAAAUUAAAUAUUAAAAUUAUCUAAUGUUUUUAAAUGUCUAAAUAAGAAAAUUUAGACGAAAUUGUUUUUUUUCCAUUCAGCACUUUUUAAACUCGCACUUAUAUUGAAAGUAAAAAGAAAAGAAUUAUUAAAAAUUGAAAAUUUUAUAAAAAUUAGAAAUGAAAAAAAUGAAAUAUAUUCUAUAUAAUUAACUGAUUGGUACCAACAUAAAUAUAUAAUAUAUUUAUAUAUAUUUUAGAUUGGAAUAAACUUUUAGAGUGUGGAGAGAAUAAAUGUGUACGAUUGUAAAUUUUGCACAAAGUUUAUUAAAUAAUAAAAAUAAUAAUAAUUUUAAAAAUUUAAGUAUAGAAGUCUAAGUGAAUAUUUAUAAAGAUGCUGUUUGACAAUAAUUCAGUACGAUAGUUAAAGCAAGGACGAUUAAUGAGAAAUCUAAUUUCUUAAGAAGUCACAGCUACAAACUAAUAAUUAUAUUAUAUUAAAAAAAAUAAUGUGCUGUAACGUAUACAUGUAUGCAAAUAUAAGAAAGAAAAAAAAGUAAGCGUGAACCUUCCUAAAACGGAGUGAAAGUAUAAUUGUGCCUUGGGUGCAGAUAUAAAUAUACAUAAUAUAUAUGUAUUUAAAAAAUAUAUAUUGUUUAAAGAACAAAAAAAAAAUAAUAAUGAAAAUCAGGAUCAACUCGGACAGGAGAUACCCUGUAGUACUUAGGAACAAAUUCCUUGUGCACGUCGCUAUGAAAACAUAAAAAAAAACAAAAUAAUGGCAUAUUUUUUUAAUAGCAAAUAUGACUGAAUAAUAAAUAUCUAUAGAUUGUGCUACGGGUGUAGAGUCAAUGUCGAUUUUAGUAAUCCAACGAUCUCGUGAAUUGUCAAUUAUUUGAUUGGUUUAACUUAAUUUUGUUAAAUUAUUGAUUAUUUUUAGAUGAUUCAAAAAAAAAUUAUUUAUUCAAGAAUUUAUAAUUAGUUUAAUUACUUGUUUAAAAAUAAUACAAUCCAAUUUUUGAACUUCUUUCUUAUGAAAAACAAAUUUUAGAAAAAAAUGAGAAUCAUGUUUUUUUUUGUAAAUAAUUUUUAACAAAUUCCGAUAAUUCACGAGACGAACGUAUUGAAAGUGAAACAAAGUGAUAUAUAAAGUUACGGAAAAGUAUAAUAAUAUAGGCGACGCGCACAAGGACCUCGAAACUAUGAAACCAAGAAAUCAGCGAAAUACAUAAUCAGUCUAUAUCGUAGAGAUUGUAGUCAUUUUUUUUUAAAUUCAUUUAUUAUUAUUUUUUAAUUAUUAUUUUUCACUUGUAAAUGCUUCGUUAAGAGUUCCAAGUGCUGGGGUGUCCUCUAAAUUGACUUGAAAAACUUUAAUUUUGACGAAAUUUUCCAGUUUUUUCGUCAAUAUAAAUCUAAUUCAUUUUCAUAUCUGAUGAAAAAUUAAAGAAAUUAAAAUAAAGAAUAAUGAAAGUAUAACACCAGUGUGUAAAAUUGCUACAUAUUUACGAAAGAAAAAAUAAACAAAUAACUAUAUAAAAAUCUCUGUUUUAUCUCCAUGAAAAGCACGAUAUGUAAAAAGUCAAAAAAAAAAAAAAAGAAUGUAAAGUUUAAGUAGUGCCACGACUUAAAUUUAAUUACGAAUAAGUGACAAUAAGAGUAACAAUAAUAAUUAUAAUAAUUAACUGUUGCGUCAAUGUUGCAAUCUAAGUGACAAAAAAAGGGUUAAAAAUAUGAUUUUUUUUCUUAUGAACAUUUUUGAAAAUUAAUUUUUAAUGUAUGAGUGAAGAAACAAACACUGCUAAUUAAUAAAUUAAUAAUAAAUUAAUUAAAGUAGACAAUUAAAAUAAUAAAAGUCAGUACGAAUAAUCAAUAAUAAUAAUAAUAAUAAUAAUAUGUAAAUGUAAUUAUCGCUCGAAAAAAUUUUAGCAAACUUUUACAUGAUAACUGCAUUAAUUAAAUUAUUUUUAUGUAUUUAAUAAAUUAUUGUUAUUUUUAUUAAUAUCAUUGAUUAAAUUAAUUAUAACAGCAAAAUUAGAAAAGUUCAAAACAUAUAACGAUCAAAGAAAUAAAAAUUAAAUAAAAAAAUUUAUAUGAUAAUGAUUUAUUAUUAAUUGAUUAAUAAAUUAAUUAUAAAUGACAAUAAUAACAUAAAUCGUCGAAUUGAUUAUGCAGUGUUUAGAAAAAGAGUGUGAGAGAAAGAGCGAAAGAGAGGGGAAGCUGCUCCAAAAAAUAGAUUUAGAAAUGGAAAUUAUGAGGACAUAUCCAUUCGAUACAUAUAUAUUAUCUCCAAUGGACUCAAUUCCCUUGUAUUUUUGCAAUUAUUGAAAGUUAAUAAAAUAAAUCAUAUCUCUUAGA